UGAUGACGUCAGUCUCAAACAUCAGCUAUGGCAGCUCAUGCGAGUGAGCUGGAGAUUGCAAAGAAGAAUCUAACCGAUGCGAUCGGCGAUAACAUCAAACACUACUGGGCCAACCUGAAGCUCUGGUUCAAACAGAAGAUCAGCAAGGAGGAGUUUGACAUCGAAGCACGUCGUCUUCUGUCCCAGGAUAACGUUCACGUUCACAAUGAUUUCCUCCUGGCCAUCCUCACACGGUGCCAGAUCAUCAUCUCCACGCCGGAGGGACCAGGGUCUUUACAGUGGCCUGGUGGCUCUGCGGCCAAGCCGUGCAAGCCCAAAGGGAAGAAGAAAUUGUCUUCCAGACAAAAGUUUGAUCAUCGCUUCCAGCCCCAGAACCCUCUGAGUGCCGCCCAGCCCUUCAGCCCCCGGGAGGCGGGCCCGGGCGGGGAGGAGGAGGAGCAGGUCCGGCUGAGUGCCCACACCCUGCUCCUCCCCACCCGGGGCCAGCUGGAGGCCAGGAUGAUGGUGACGGCCUUCGAGCUGGGUCUGGACAACGUUACAGAGGACUCGGUCAGCACCAUGAUCUACGCCGUCGAGCACCAUCUGAAAGACGUCCUGACUGCGGUGGUCACGCGGAGGAAGGCCUACCGCCUGCGUGACGGCCAUUUCCCCUACGCGUUCGGCACUGAGGUCACGCCGCGGCCGUACCUCCAGAACAGCCUGGCGGCCUACCAGAGCGUCUCUGAUUGCCCUCCCCCAAGCGCCUCUCUACCAGCGGGGCCCCCACCCCAAGUGGCCCCUGACGAGGCAGAGCAGCAAGCUGUUCUCCUAUUGGCCUGUUCCUCUGACACUGUCCCUGUGCCCCUCCCUCCAAUCAGCAUGUUUGAUCUACUGGAGGCUUUACAGGUCCACCGUGGGGUGAUGCCCUCCCACACUAUGUACGCCCUCAACAUGGAGCGUAUCCUGGCCCGCCUGUGGCACCCCAGCAUCGAGGAGCUGGAGCAGGACCACGUGCACCGCCAGCGCCUGGCCGGCAAGGAGGGCCUCCUGCUGGGCAGCUGAGCCGGCCUGAGACCCCCCCCCCCUCCAGGGACGUCCUGGACUGUUGAUUGGAUACAAUACGUUUUUCAAGUCAGCUGAUGAUACAAACGUUGUAAAUAAUGGGUGACCUGUAAGUGUUGGCACAUGCCAUGUUAUAGGAAAGACCCACUUGUGUACCUAAUGAGCAGGUAAAGGUAUCCUUCACCACACCUGGCAGGUGUAGUCGGGGUGUGUGUCUGUGUAUAUAUAUAUAUAUGUGUAAGUGUGAUUUCCAUGACAGACAAUAGAUUUAGAUUUACAUGAGCUGCAUUGAUCAAUUCGGGCAUCACUUGAAACAUGGUGAUUAUGGUGUCUAGUUCUAUAUAUAUAUACACCAGUCACUUCACUAGUUGUACGGGUGUGGUCUAAAUGGGUGUAAAUACAUGUAUGUUGUGUAAAGGCAAAAUGCCCUUCCAUUUAGUUGCCUACUAAAAUCCAGUACAGCUAAGAUUAUUUUUUUGUAAACGUUUUGUAUAUAUAUCAUUCAUGAUGCAUCUUGUAUCAGGAACAUGUUUUUUUAUUUUCAGUACAAUUACUUUGGAAUAAAAGCUCUUCGA